AUGACCUCCCAUGACGAGGGGAUUCAAGCCCAGAGUUCCGACCAGACAGAGACCCCGCAGAGCAAUCACACCCAGAAUAACAGCGAGGAGAUCAAAGAGACACAAGCAAACAAGCACGAGAGCCAAAGCGCCCAACGCAAGAGCCAGGGACGCGACUAUGAACAGGAAAACAACAAUGGGAAAGAUAAAGUGAAGAAGCAGGAAGAGAGCAAUGAUGAGCAUGACAACAACAAAGGAAAGGAAGGGUCUGAGAAGGAAGGUUCACAGCAGCAAUCCGGAGAAGGCAAAUCAGGCAAUGGCAACGGCAAUGGCGGAUCCAAGCACCCCAAAGUGAGCAAAGAGGCACUUGAAGGUCCCCAGUCACCAGCCCCAACAACGAAAUAUGACUUUGAGGCAGAGGCAAGGAACGAUGGUUCCGGUAAAAAAACCGGUAAAGAUGAAGCUGGCAAACCCAAGGAUUCGAAGAACCAAUCCCCAGGCUCAGAUGACAAGAAAGACAAGUCUUCCGAGCACAAGCAUGGCGGGACAUUGGGACAUAUAAAAGACAAAAUGCAUGAACAUCUUGGGCGGUAG